GCCUGCGCAAGCCUCGUGUUGUAUAUUCCCCUCUGUGUCUAGUCGUUCCCCUCCAUACCUGUCAAUAUGUCUGCUGUGCCUGUGUCCACCAUGCCGUAUGAACUGCCCGAGGCGUGCGCGUCCGAGGCGCACGAGAUCAUUCAAUGGGCCCUACUCAAGGAGAAGCACUACACAGCGGUGCGUAAUCCGCUGUACCUCUCGGAGGUUCAACGCCACGGAAUGACAUCCACCUGGCGUCUGCGCGUCUGCCGCUGGAUGUUUGAGACCGCGAAGGAAUUCGAGCUACAAAUGGACACGGUCUUCGGCGCCCUGCACUUCCUGGACCAAUAUCUCAGCGUACAUUCGGUGGACCGGGUAACACUGCAGCUUCUGGGUAUGAUCUGCAUGUGGACAGCCAGCAAGAUGCAUGAGGGCAAGCCAAUCCUUCUCGAGGAGAUGGCGCUCAUGUGCGAGCGCAAGUUUUCGCGAGCACAAAUGGUCGACGCCGAGGCGCAACUCGUACGUCUCAUCGGGUUUCGCUUCAACCCCCCGAACGUCUUCACUAUGGCCCGAGACUUCGUUAACGAGCUCCCUUUCGACGGUGACGCCGACCGUCGCGCCAACUGCGUCGCCUCCGUGUUCAAUCUGCUCGAACGCGUGGUCGAGGACACGUCAUGUCUCGAUUGCACAGCCUCGAGUCUGGCUAAGGCCGCUGUUCAACUCGUUGCCAAGUCAGAAUACAACCUUACAGUCACACAGGUUCUCAAGUCUCUCAAGACGGUUAAAAUCGUGGAAAGUGCCUACCGCGCAGCCUUCAAAAUUGUGCGUGGCGCUUACUUCGGCACCCCCACAUCCAUUGAACAAGGCCCGUCGCUCCAGGACGACGAAGUGUCAUCAGACGGCAACACUCUGGACGACUCGUACCUCAUCUGUACCGAGACGCUCUCCCCGUCUCCCUCACGAGCAUCCCCUGCAUCCGUGCGAACGAGUGCAUCUACCUCAUCAACCAUCGGUGUAACUCGGACUGCGUCAUCACCAGCGCAGUCCGAACCCGAUACCAAGCGACCCAAACGCCAGCGCAAAUUGAGCAUGCAGACACAAUAG